UCUCUGUGCGUCUAGAGCCACAGAGCCACGAGAGCCACGUCAGAGAUCAACUAUAUAACAAAAAAAAAAAAAAACAUACAUAACUAACAGAAAACACUUGGGAAAGAUGCGGAACACUUCCACGCUACUGAUUGCUUCCAUUCUCGUUGCAUUGUGUUUGCCUGCAUUGGCCAAAUUUACCACACAGGACGUAAAAUGCCAUGUGUGCAAAGCGGUGGUCAGCGAAAUAGAAGAGGAGGUGGCCAAAGUAGAUCCCAAAAAGAAAAUCGAUGUCAGUGGCUUCCGUUUGGAUGCCAAUGGCAAUUCGGUGGGCAAAAGUGUUCCCAUGGCCAAGUCGGAAUUGUUCCUGAGUGAGGUGCUGGAAAAGGUGUGUGACAAAAUGGAUGACUACUUACGGGCCACAUACAAAAAGACUGGUAAAUUCACUCUACUGAAAAUCAUGAUCGAUGGUAAAAUGAAUCCGGAAUCCAGUGAGGUUGAUUUUGUUCAAGAUGAUGAUCUGAACAAAAGCCUUGGUCACUAUUGCCUUGAAUUUAUUGAAAAUUACGAAGACAUUGUAAUGAAAUAUUUCAAAGAGGAAACAUUAAAUGAACAUUUGGACAUCAAAAUCUGUUCAGAGGAAUCUGAAUACUGUAACGAUGCACCCAUCCAGGAAGACUAUGAGUUCGACGACAAGGAUGAACUUUGAUUUCGACAUAGGCUGGACGUACUUUCUUUAGUUUGAUAUUAUAAUUUAUUUUUCUAAUGUUAGAAACUAUUUUUUAUUGUAAAAUUGUAGAUAGCAAUAUAUUUUGUUAUGAACUGAUUAUUUUUUUAUAAUUAUAAUGAAUUCUACAAAAGCUCCAAUGAAGCUCUAAAACAAAUGCCUUUAAAAAAAUAAAGAAAUAUCUAUUUUUUCUAGA